AUGUGCAUAUUCCCCCUCGCUGGUGGUAGCCGUGUUGACCCCAACUACCUACUCGAGAGGAGUUUCUCACAGUUCCAGAAGGACAAGGGCUGCAUAGCGGCCAAGGAGAAGGUAGUUCAUCUGGGGAUAAUUUCGUGGCGCGUGACGGUGGUUUGCCCUGAUCAGCAUUCGGAAUUGAGCCAUAAGUUGGAGGAUGCCACUGAGGAGCUGAAUAAGGUCACUGCUGAUGCCUCAAAGAAGAUGAACUUUGAUGUUAAAAUGGCAUUGACAGACGCCUUCCAAGCUGAUCAAGAGCUGGCCAAUGCUAUCGAGGAGCGCAGGAAGAUAUUAACUUUGCCCAAGUACGCCAUUCCCUUCAUGAACCCUGGCAGGCUCAUCAGUCUGUCGAAGAAUGGAGCAGGUGAUUGGGCUAUGGUUAUCAAGUGUGACAAGUUGGCUGAGGAUAAAGGGGCGGCUGAUCUCGAUAACAGCUACGUUGUUGAUUGCAUUGAUGGUAGUAAGGAGGGCAUUGUUCGAAGUGUUCCUCUGAGGGCCCUUCAUAAGAUCAGUAGGAUCAGAGGGCAGCUGCCACAGGCGGCUCAGGAGGCCCACAACCGUACGGAAGCUGUGAAGACCCAAUGCAAGAAUAUGCUGAAGGCCAUUCUAAACCAUGACAACUUCAAGGCUCACGGACUGCCCGAGCUUGACCCGGUUAAUGAGAUGAAGAUCGAUGGUGAGGAGUUCAGUGAGGUCUCGAAGAAGAUGAAGAAUGCAGAAAACGCAAAGUUGUCGAACCGCCUUAUGACGGUGCCCCAAGCAGAGCGAUCUCAGCUUAUGGACCUCUUCACGAAACGAGUCCAUCUUCAUGAGGAGCAGACUAAGUGCGCGGACAUCUUGAAAAAUCAAAACACUGUGAUCCUCCGUGAUGAGCUAAGAUCGAUGAAGCGUGUCUUGCGUCGGCUGGGCUUCGUGGAUAGGAAUAAUGUCGUCCUCGAGAAGGGAAAGUUGGCGUGUGAGAUCUCCUCGUGCGACGAGAUCCUCCUCACUGAAUUGGUCUUCAACAACGUCUUUGAAGGGAUGUCGGCCGAGCAUAUCGCCGCUCUCUGUUCGUGUUUGAUCCUGGACGAGAAGUCGGAAGAUGCCACGACGCCCGAGAACGCUGAUUUGGCGAAGGCUUUGGACAAAAUGAAGGUCAUUGCUCAGGACGUGGCCACGGUCAUGGCGGAAUGCAAAGUGGCUGGGGUCGACACCAGCACCUACGUGGAGGACCACAUACGACCGCAGCUGGUCCCAGCAGUCGUGGCUUGGAUGGAGGGGAAGCCUUUCAAGGACAUCAUGCAGACCGUUGAGAUGUACGAAGGCAGCGUCGUCCGAGUCAUGAGGCGCCUUGAGGAGCUACUGAGGGAACUAGGAAUGGCGGCUAAGUUGAUCGGCCACAAGGAGUUGGAGGAGAAGAUGGUCGAAGGCCGGACUAAGCUGCGGAGAGGCAUUGUAUUCAGCGCUAGUCUGUACUUGUAGAAAUACUGAUACCAUCUCGCGGCCUCAUCGUGGCCUGGUUUCGAGGACCCCCGCGCUAAACGUUCAUUACCUUUCCUGAUCUACCUCUAUAACC